AAAAAAGGGGGCGUUUUGGGGGUGUUCUGAGAGAGAGAGAGAGAGAGAGCAAGCGUUAGAAGGUCACAAACUGCACUGCAGUCCAAUUCCCAUUCUAACAUUCCUUUGUUAUCUUACAUUCAUCAUUUGCUUGUGACUUCACAUCAACCCUAAUCCAUGUUCUCAUUUUCAUGAUUUCAUCCUCACUUUCUCCCCCGCUAAUGCAACUUCCUUUUCCCACACCAACAUCACUUCGAUUAUUUAUACACAACCGUACCAACUGUCCAUUUCACCUCCUUUUUCCGCCCCCUCACAAAAUUCUCUCUCGGUCUUUUCCACUAAUACAAGCAAAGCAGGCUUAACCUUUUUAUCUUUUGUUCUCUCGCUAAUUUUUUCUUUUAUAUUUCCAGACCCAAUUUUAUUUUCUGGGUUCCUGUGCUCUCGUUGGGAUCUGCUUCAUAAUGGGUUUCUCUCCUCCAGGAACAAUCUGGAUUGGCUCUUGUGAGUCUUCCAAUGCUCCGUCUUCGUCCUAUCUAGUUGCAGAUCACUCCUGUGACUACAAGCUCAAAUUUAGGACCAUUCUGAGAAAAAUGAUCUGGAAGCUUGGCUUUGCCUGCGUUACCCUGCCUCGACGCCGGCCAAUCUUGCGUAAAAACGACGGCGACGGAUAUAGAAAGACGAAUCUAGAGCACAACAAGGCGUGGUUGCUUGCGGAGUCUGGUGGAUGUGGAGCAGAAGCGACGAAUGCUGACCCACAAUCUGUUCACUCGUCUUUCCGUUUCAGUUUCUGUUCACAGGUUGAGCUCGAAUCCUCGAGCAUGCAUUCUUCCGCUGCUGCAACCGUUUUGAUGGUUAAUCUGGACAAUGGAAUGCAUAAUUCUGGGGCUCGAGAGCAGAAAUGGCGGAGGAUGGAGACCUUGGAAAAAAGCAUAUCCCCUGUUGCCAACACUUUGAUCAGGUUCAACUACGGUGAAAUUAUAUGUGCUACUCGCAAUUUCUCCAAAGGCAGGGUAUUGGGGAGAGGGGCCUUGAGCUGUGUAUUUAGGGGCAGAGUUGGGCUUUUGAGGACUGCUGUAGCUAUCAAACGAUUGGACAAGGAAGACAAGGAAUCUGCAAAGGCGUUCGGUAGAGAACUGAUGAUUGCCAGUUCUCUUCAUAACCCAAACGUUGUUCCGCUUGUGGGUUUUUGUAUUGACCUGGAGGAGGGUUUAUUUCUGGUGUACAAAUAUGUCUCCGGGGGCAGCCUAGAACAUCAUUUGCAUGAAAGGAAGUUUGUGAAGGGUAGUUCACCACUUCCCUGGUCUGUGAGGUAUAAAGUUGCGAUUGGAAUUGCGGAAGCCAUGGCUUAUCUGCAUAACGGAACUGAAAGAUGCAUUGUUCACAGAGACAUUAAACCCUCAAACAUUCUCCUUUCCUCUAAAAAGACACCCAAGUUAGGCGAUUUUGGAUUAGCUACAUGGACUUCUGCACCUUCAGUUCCUCUCCUCUGCAAAACAGUCAAGGGAACAUUUGGUUAUUUGGCUCCUGAGUAUUUCCAACAUGGAAAAGUAUCUGAUAAGACUGAUGUUUAUGCUUUCGGAGUUGUUUUAUUAGAACUCAUAACUGGCCGGAAGCCAAUAGAAGCAGAAAAGCCACCAGGAGAGGAGAACUUGGUCUUAUGGGCUAAACCCUUGUUACAGAAAGGGAAGGGAGCCAUCGAAGAGUUGCUGGAUCCUCAACUCAAGUGCAGUUUGAGAUGCUCAAAUCAGAUGGCUCAGAUGGUUGAAGCAGCAGCUGCUUGUGUUACAAAUGAAGAAUCUCGGAGACCUGGGAUACAAGAGAUUAUUGCAAUACUGAGAGGUCAAGAAGAGCGUGUCUUGCUUAAAAGGAAGAAGUCUGGUCUACUUGGGAAUGGGUUGGGAGUUGAUUGCUACCCUCAACUACAACAAACAAAUAACGAGAUGAGAAGACACUUGGCUCUGGCAAUGCUAGGAGUUUCAGAGUUCGAGGAUGAUGAGUAUCUAUAUGGUCGUUGAAAGUUUCAACUUGAAACACGACAAGCUUUUAACAUAAUUGGUUUUUUCCCUGGUUCAAUGUGUUAGAUGUGAAAAUCUUGAAAUUGUAAAUAGAAAAUGAAAACUUGUUUCGGGUGUA